AGGUAAGAUUUCAGCUGUAGAUUUGAAGGAAGCAGGAGGUGGAGGCAAGAAGUCAAGGCACAAGAGAGACUCAGUGAAGAGGUCCAAAGUCACAAGAUUGAUUGCCCCAUGGGAGAGACAGCAAAGAGGUCUUUUGUGUGUACCAGUGGCUAUGGACCAGCAUCUAACCAGUUCUCUCGAUGAACUUGUAGAACACGAGCUGAGGAAGUUUAAGAGGAAACUAUACCACAUUGCACUAAAGAAAUGUUAUAAACCCAUUCCUUGGGGGAAAUUGGAACCUGCCCACUGUGAUGAUCUUGCUCAAAUGUUGGUUAAGUAUUAUGGAGAAAAGUAUGCCCUGGAAGUUACUCUGAAGGUUCUAAAAGCCAUUCACCAGCAAGAUGUGGCCGACAUGCUCCUUAAGAAAAUCCAACAGGAAGGAAGUGAUGAGAAUGAUGACAAAGAUGAAAGUGAUGAGGGUGAUAGUGAUGAAGAUGAAACAGAUGAUGAUGAAGAGGAUGAAAGUGAUGAAGAUGAUGAAACAGAUGAUGAUGAAGAGGAGUAAGAUGACAAAGGAAAACAAUGGGAAAAGAGAUGAUGAAGAUGAUAUAGAAUAAUAAAAUCUUACAC